AAUGUUUUGAAAAAAAUGUGAAAUUGAACUCUGUUUUUAUAGAUAUAAACAACAAUUAUUUGCGACUGGUGAAUCAUGUUAUGUAUGUUGUUCCUUUCUAUGAAUGAAUCGGUAGAUUAAUACAAAGUUUAGCGAACUAUCAAAGUUGAUUUUCCUUGAAACAAAAAGUGUAAACAGUUGCUGGCCGGCUUUGGCAUGUUCUGAGUCAUAAUGUUAUGUGUGGUGACUUCAUAUCACAGGAUUGCACCAUUCUACGAAAUUGUUGUGGUGCUGCGCUGAAGCUGCUGUCCACAUUCAGGGCUUAGUGCGGUGCGGCAAUCGUUGGGGAACGGGUCACGACGGGCGUCUGACGAGCACUCCUUAUCACAAUGCCGCCGUUGACGCUAGACGGAGACACUCUCGGGGAAAAGCACAAACACUUCAACAAACUUGUGCAAGAAGCUAUUGCUAAUAAACAAUAUGAACUACGUAACAUUAGUGAUGAAGAUAGCAACAUAGACAACCUUCUAAAAAUAAACAUAGCCGCCAAAACCAGAAAUGUUGACUACAUCAUCCAAGUUAUAAAAUCCAACGACAUGCUGUACGCAGCCACAGCAAUUAAGAAGUCCAGGUGGCUGGUGACAGAGGCGCAGUACGCGCACAUUAUCAACCCAGAGUACCUGCACACGCAACUGUUACCUAGCAUGAACACCAAGACGUUUAACAAGCUCAUGCUGCACAUUAGACUACAUCUGAAGCACGAGAAGCGAGUCGAAACGUUUUAUGAAUACCUUAAGGAUACCGACGGAGCUUGCAAAUGGCUGCAAAACUGUUCCAUACCUUUCAUAGAAAAUGCUAUAAAAAACCAUCGAGUCAUACCAGCGGAUCUUUUUAAACGUUUGUGCAAAAGAUCUGUGCAUUUAAUAAGAUAUUAUACGAGAAUGGAAGCCAGUACAUAUGUCGUGAAACAAGAAUUACUAUUUUUGUUAAAAACUCAUACUGCAGACAUUUUAAAUAUGGUGGAAGAUAAAGAAAUUGACUCCUAUCCUUCUUUGGGGAAAAAGAAAACAGAGAUUGUUAUGAAAACAUGUCCAGAGAGAAUACUGGCCAAGUUUGACAGAUAUAUUAACGCAGUCGACUUAUCAGUAGCAACAAAAUAUUUCAAUAAAAAAGAUAUUCAGUCGUUACUUCGUCAGUAUGUUCAAUACGCCAUAAUUGAUAAAAGAACUUUUAAACCUUUCAUCGACAUAAUACCAGAAGAAGAGAGAUUUGAAUUCGUAAACAAAACUUUUAUUGACAAGACUGAAAUGUCGCUUAUAUUUACAAAUUCAGACAUGACUGUGAUUGAAUAUUUUGUAAAACCGUAUGAGUGGUAUGAGUACGCACCAUUCCACGUUGCUUUACCAGAAUUAGAAAAGUUGAUACGUAAAGAGCCCGCGCCGCCUGAAAGAUGUGCUAUGCUCUCAGUUCUCAUCCGAUGUGCAAGACAAAACCCUCAGCAUAUUAAAACGCUUAUCAGUUACUACGCUGAAAAACACAUCAAUGAACCAUUUAUUUUCAAACUCAAAUUCGUGAAUAAUUUGCUUUCAGAAGUACCUACUCACGAAUUUGACGUUGAAACCUGGAACGUCUUGGAUAAAUUGUUCCACAGCAUGGAUAUAUACACAGAAACAGAUAACCAGCUUCACGAUGUACAAAUGUCUCUCCAGGCAAUUGUAACAUAUAGGCUUCUACACGAUGAACCGAUACCAGAAAUAAUUAAACAAAAAAUAAAACUUGGCUGGUUGAAACAGAAACAUUUGAAUCAAGAACAAGAAAAUAAAAUGUUUUCUUAUUUACUAGACUUAGCGAUGGAGAAAAUACAGAUCGAAAACAUUGAAAACGAAUCCGAAUUACAUAAUAAUGUCGUUCAGUUAACAAAUGCGUUGAACUUGCUAAAAGAUUGGAAAAAAGAUAUUAAUACCUAUCCAAUCAUUCUAGAGAAAAUACAUGAGCUAGUUAGUAUAAAAGAGAAGAAUUCAUGGCUUCAUUUCAAUUUAUCCAGUUUGUAUUUAACGAAUAAAUCGUGGCGUAAGUCAAUGUUCCAGGAUUCAUUGGCUCUAUGUGUGAGUGAAGACACGUGCCUGAAUGCUCUGAAGCACGAUCCUCAGUUACUCGAGCGUCACGACAAGGAGAUAGACACGUUGCGAAGUAACGAUGCCGUCUCGCUGCGGCGUCUGCUCGCCAAGCUGCGCGUCUACUGGCCGCACUCACUCGCUCAGCAGUGGAUCGACGCGUACUUGCUAAAUCUGAACAACACCACCGGACACAAAGCCGCCUUCAAAGGUCUCUUCUCGCUUCUUCCACAAAAAGAAGUAGUUGAAUUCGCAAAAAAGCAUGUUCCACACGAUUUUAAAAUCAAUUGGGGAAAGACUGAUCCUACUGAAAUCAGAAUCCAGAAGAAUAUUGCGAACUACUUAUAUUACACCAGACCACUGAUUCCUUUAGACACAGUGUUGUGUUAUGCUAAAGGAGACUACUUACAAUAUGCUGUACCAUCACUUAAUUCUAUUUCACAUAGUAUGAGUGCAAUCGAAAGUAGUGAAUAUGUGUCUAAAUUAUUGGAUGCACCGGUCUCUUUACAAAAACAUGGAAUAAAGCUUGCAUUUUUAAAACUAAAAACUGACGAUCUUAAAACACUGUUUUCGAACAUUUGGGAUCGUACAAAGAAUAGUUCAAUACAAGCCGUUCUCUUUAAAACCACCUUUGAUAAGAUGUGCAGCGUCAACAAUCCAACUGACGAAACAAAACUCUGGGAAUUAUUGAGAAUGUUUAUUGAUAAGUUAAUUAAAUCUGAUGAAAAUGGUGUCAGUCAAGACAUAUUUAAAAAAUUAGCUAACGUAAGCGAGGUCCCCGAAAGUGUACGAGGAGAAUAUUAUAUGACAAGUUAUGAGUAUCUGACUUCAUUACCUGCGAGCGCUAAUUGUGAAUCCUAUGUCAAGCAGCUUACACAGUAUGCACCAGACAUAAUGGAGAGACUUGAGGGUGAUUUCGUUGUCGAAAAAUUAUUGUCAUCAGCUGAAGAUAAUUUUUUUUCGAUAUCGUAUAGUGAAUCUAUAGAAUUAUUCGCAUGCUACGUAUUGUGCGGAAAAAGUCAGGAGGGUCAGCUGAAGAGGUUCCAGACAUUUAUAUACCCAUUAAUGAAAAAAGCUUUUCAAUGCUGGGGUAACAUCCAUUCAAACGAUUUUUACGUGAAGGACAAUCUAAAAUCAUUUUUAAGAUUUUUGGUUUGGCAUUUCUUAAAAUACUUUACUUAUAAUAAAAUAUCUUUACCUGUUAGACUAUUUACAGAAAUAAGAAAUGUGAUACUAAAUGAGUUACCGUUAUUGGAGAACUACUUACUAAUUACGAGUUGGAAAUUAGUUACAGAAUAUGUUUCUUCAAUGGAUGAACUCGGAUUAAAGAGCGAUGUUUUUGAUACAAACAUAUUAAACCAUUUUGCGCGUUUUGAUUUUGGAUCGAUGCCAAACGACAUGGAAAAUCUCUGGAAAGGCAUUCAUGUUAAAGUAUCUCCUUCAUUUGGCACAGCAGCAGUAAAGUGUCUUAAAGAAGACGUUAUCCAAUACAGUACAACAAUACAUUGUUUUUUUUCCGAUGCUUUCGCGAGAGCAUUCGAAAUGUUAUCUUUUAAAAAUUAUUACUUCAUUCUAGAAACACUACAGUGCAUGCUUAGUGAUGUCGAAUGUAUUACGAGUUAUUUAGUCGUUUCCAAAGUUACGCCUAAACAUGUUGAUAGCGAAUUAAAGCCGAAACGAUCUGAAAUACGAAAAAGAAUAAGAUCCCAUCCAUCAUUAACAGUACAAGUGCAUUAUUAUAAUGAUUUUUGGGAUGUAGCAGAAGAUUGAUGAUAAAAUACUGUGAUGUAUCGUUUUAGGCUGCGGCUCCACUGAGGUGGAGACGAACGGAGCGGAGAGGAGACGUGUGGGAAUCAACCAAUCACAUAAAAUGAAAUCCACACCUCGUCUCCGCUCCGCUUCGCUGGUACCUCUUUUCACAGCUCUACUACUCUCAACUCCGCUCGUCUCCGCCUCAGUGGAGCCUUAGCCUAAAGGAUGACAGGAGGCCGUAUUUGUCUAUUAAAUACACUUUGAAAUUACCUCGCGAUUGAUAUGUGUUACCUACUUCAGUAGAAAAAAUAUAUAUUCAAAUUUUAACGUAUCCGGAGAGCA